GUCGGUGGCAUAAGCUCUGUGAAGAUGGAUCAAACGUGUUUAGUCGCAGUGAUCUUGACCUUUUUGUUAUGCUUGGUACAUCCAGCUGCUCCAGAAGUCAAAGAAGCUGGCUCCAACAACCUGAAGGUGGUGUCAGAAAGCAACAAUUACGCCACUAAUGAAUUCGAUUGGAGUUAUGGAUUGGAUGAUGGUCGUGAAGUUCGUUCAAACGCUUAUAAAAAGCAGCUGACAGACGGUCGAGAAAUUUUGGUUAUAACCGGGUUGUACAGUUAUACAGCACCCAAUGGAGUAAAGUAUACCAUCUCGUACUAUUCAGACGAAAAUGGUUAUCAUCCAACUGUUGUCGUUGGUGAUAAACCUUCAUAUACUGUAGAGCUGCAGCAUAUCGAUCCAAGAGUUUUAGCUUCGCUAGUUGGAUAAUACAGAUUGACCUUCGGAAGCAGCAGAAGUAUUUUGUAAUGAUUAUUUGAAAACUUUCAAGUGAUUAGAGUUAAUUAUACAAAAAAAAGUUAAACUAGUAUGAAUCUCUGUUUGGUUCUAGUUUAGUUUGUUGCUGUAGAAUGGUUUGAAAAAAAAAGUUUCAAUCAAAUUAGGGUAUAUGGCUCAAACUUUGGCCUAAUAUGCCUUGGUUGAGCACAUUUAUCGUUGUAAAUCUUCAUAUAUUGAAGCCCGAACCAAAAUUAUGCCAGCCUCAAUUUUAAGCCCAUGAAAGGUUGGUUCAUUAUUCGUUGUAAAAGCCAGGUAGGCAAUUGUGCUGCUUAAAAUCAAAAUCGUAAGGUGUAGUAUGGCAAAGAGUGCUCCAAAUAUUGUCCCAAAAAGUUUUGGUUUAUCGUGUUGUUAUACUGAUUAAA